AUGUCUACACCAUCUUCGGUUCAACCUCGUCGAGUGAUGAGCUUUGAAGAGGCCAUGGAGAACGCAGCCAAGAAUCCUCGCAGACAAGGAUGCACUAAGUACAAUGUGGAGGUUUACCUGCAGCUGCCGCUAGAGGGACAGAGCCACUACAAGGAAGCGUUCCAGUCGCCUUCCAUAGACUUUUUCAAGUCCGCUGGAGUCCCCCCGGGCCCGAGCAUUAGCGAGAGAUCUGCAUACUUCCAGGAUUGUCAGAGAAACCCUGGCGGCUAUGACAUCCAGCCCAUCUCACCUUCUAUCCCGUUCACAGGACGGACAACGAACCAGGAGAUGUACCAGCCGUAUGACAUUCCAAGAGCGACAGGACCGUCACGAGAAGAAGUUUCCUUCUCUCCUUCGGAAUACCGACUUGUUCCCGACAACCGUGACUUCAAAACAAGCAACAAAGAACAUUACGCCUACUAUCCACCUGAAACGCACCCACCCCAUGAAAUUGCAAGGAAAAUUCGCAUCGUCAUCAGCCGAAAUGCUACUGUCGGAGAUCUACAAGAAGCACUUCAAAAGCAAACUCAGAUUCCCAUUCAUGCUCAGAGCUUGAUACGGGACAGCACGGGACAGGUUCUGGAAGACAAGAACCUUCUGCUUGUUGAUAAUCUGAAUUGGAAGAGCGGCGAGUUCUUGACAAUGACGGUAACUUAG